GUCGACAUCAAAGGAUCCGCCGACACAGACUCUACUCGUAGACCUCUGAGGCUCAACCGGAAACUUAUCAGACGUCCGUUGUUACCCCGCCAGAAAAUAUACUACGCCCCACCAGCUCCUUCUACCCCAGCCCAACUCAACUCAAACCCAUGCGCUCACCAUACGGAUCCUCAGAUUCUCCAUCUCCGCCUCCACCUACGCCGGAACGUCAGAUCACAUCGGAUAUCCACACACUUGAAAUACAGAACUCGUAAUCAAGCCAAACCAGACCAAACCAGACCGGCUUUCCAAUGCUGUUGAACGAAUCCACAGCUCUCCUCAACGAAAAGGUUCUGCUUGUUCCGUAUGAAGCGCAUCAUGUCCCGAGCUAUCACGCCUGGAUGGCCGACGAAGAAAUCCGCGCGGCCACAGCCUCGGAGCGUCUAUCCCUCGACGAAGAAUACGCGAUGCAACGCAGCUGGCGCACCGACGCGGACAAACUGACUUUCAUAAUAUGUGCACCACCGAUGCCACCGACGUCUUCGCUAUCCGAGGACUCCGGGCAGGUCAUCGCGGGCCGCGACGACGCAGACAUGCUGGGCGAUAUCAACCUGUUUCUCUCGGAAGAGCACGAUUCUACCGAAGAAUCCUCAUCCGACUGCGGGCACGCUGGGGAAAAAAUGUUAGUGGGCGAGAUUGAGCUGAUGAUUGCGGAGAAGGAGAACCAACGGAAAGGGUACGGGCGUGCCGCUGUCCUACUGUUCCUUUGGUACGUAGCUAUACAUUGUGAGGAACUGGCCGCUACAUAUUGUGCUGGCAAGGGCGUUGAGAGCGUUGAGGGCGUCCUCACGCAUCUGCGCGUCAAGAUCAAUCAAACCAACCUCCGUAGCAUAGCUCUGUUUGAGUCACUGCUGUUUAAGAAGUCGGAUGAGACGCCAAAUUACUUUGGUGAGUACGAGUUGGUCUUGGAGAAUCUGGAUGUGGCCUGCAUGAAUGGCUUGAUGAAGACGUAUGGGCUGGAUGAAUGCAGAACUCUGAAGUAUAUUCGGGAGUAGGUGGAGAUGUUUGGAAUGAGGCGGGGUGUAAAUUAGACAGCAAUGGAGUUUGAUUUUGUUGUAGCAUAGAUACCUGGAGGACGACACGAGUGUUUUAAACCGAUCAUCUUGAUUGAA